AUGGAUGCAUUCAGAGCAUUUGAAAAUGGGUCGCUCUUGCCCAGUUACUCUGCUUCUGCCAGAUGGGAUCCCUUCCGUCGUCCCUUGGACUCCAUCCAGCCCUGGCAAUUCAGGCUUCUGGCAGCAGUAAUGUUGUUGGUGACCUCCCUGUCACUUGCUGAGAACCUGGCUGUAAUCCUGGUAACUUUUAAGUUCAAGCAAUUGAGACAACCUGUCAAUUAUAUUAUAGUCAAUUUGUCUGUGGCUGAUUUCCUGGUCUCACUGACUGGUGGUACCAUCAGCUUUUUAACAAAUCUAAAAGGUUAUUUUUUUAUGGGAUACUGGGCUUGCGUAUUGGAAGGAUUUGCUGUCACAUUUUUUGGCAUUGUAGCUCUCUGGUCUCUUGCUCUGCUGGCUUUUGAGCGGUAUGUUGUGAUCUGCUGCCUGCCGAGAAAUGCACGCUUGAGGGGGAAGCAUGCAGCUCUAGGUAUUGUCUUUGUGUGGAGUUUUUCCUUCAUUUGGACCUUUCCACCAACAACUGGUUGGAGCAGUUACACUCCCAGUAAGAUUGGAACUACUUGUGAGCCUAACUGGUACUCAGGAGCUUAUGCUGACCGUACAUACAUUAUUACGUUCUUCACCACCUGUUUUAUAGUACCCUUAUUGGUGAUUUUGGUAUCCUAUGGAAAACUGGUGUGGAAGUUAAAAAAGGUGUCAGAUGCACAAGGCAGGCUGGGAACUACCAGGAGACCUGAAAGACAAGUGACUAGAAUGGUUGUUUUUAUGAUCAUUGCCUUUCUAAUCUGCUGGAUGCCAUACGCUACCUUUUCCAUCCUAGUCACUGCAUAUCCCUCCAUUGAGCUGAAUCCUUGUCUGGCAGCACUUCCGGCCUUCUUUUCCAAAACAGCUACUGUUUAUAAUCCAAUUAUUUAUGUCUUUAUGAACAAACAGUUCAGGCAGUGUCUGAUUCAAUUGUUCAGUUGCAGUGCCAUAGGAAUUGCAGAGUCCAACAUGAACCUGACUUCAGAGAGAGCAGCGCCAACCCAGGACAGAAGAGGCAGAGAGAUGGCCCCCAUGGCAGUUCAUAGCACCAUUUCUAAGAGGAAAACUGAGCAUGAACGCAGAGCCGACAACCUUUGGCCCUUUUGACAGCUUCAGAAAACAAAAUGUGUCCCAUGUAGAGUAGGAGACGGGAUCAUUAAUACAAUGCUACAGUGUAUUUCAUUGUUACAGUCACCAAAUAUAAAGAUUUGUUGUCACUGGGAAAGGACAUUGUGGUCCUGUGGACAUGAGCUUUUGAGGUCCCAGGCUCCUCAGGGCCUGUAAGAGCUGCUUGGCUCUAUGGGUGCAGUCAAACACCCAGCCAUAAGGUGAGUCCCUUCCUCCACUGCAUUUCUCUUCCCAAUCCACAGCCAACUUGCAGCCCACCGCUGUGUGUCUCUCUGCCUCCACUCCUUAAGUGCCUGUUUCUGCUUAAGUCACAUCCUCACUGCUUUAGUUGGGCUGCUGAUUCCAGAAUAAAUUAUUAACUUGUUACUACAUCUCCACUUUCAGAAACAAGGACUAUAACACAGAUACUGCUUCUGUAAACAGUGAAAACUAAUGGAAAUUCCCAGCUUUCCAUGUCUGUAUUCCAUCUCAUAUUUAAUUCGCACAGUGAAGUGCAGCAAUAUAUGUAGCUUUAGUGGAAUGUCACUUGCACAUGAAAAGUCAAACCAGGUUAUGAGUGUAAUAAAGACAGACUUCUGUUUUACAGAG